AUGCGAGUGGGAAUAGGUGUGCUGAUCACCUAUGGAAUCGCAGCAACAAACUCCUUGGACCUGUGGUGGUCUCAAGCGGCCGACAACUUAGAGCCAAAGGAAGAGACCACCCAGGCCACUGAAAGUUGGUGGUCAACGUGGGAAUGGCUCGAAAAUGAAAGGGGUGAGGGGAGUCCACGAAAGGGCAAAAUCCCGGAAACUCGCCAAGAGAAUACCAAGUCUUGGGGCUGGUUCCAAAGCGCCACCUUCCUUGAGAUGGUUUGGGGGCUUGGUUGGUUCUACAAGAUUGGGAUCAAGGUCUUCCUCAGGUUGGCAGACAGCAGUCUGUCCUACUGUGGGACCUUAUGUGCCUCGCUCGGAUUCGCAGCACGCUGGAUGUAUUGGCUCGCUGUGGCUGUGGUGGGGGUGUUUCUACUGCAGCUGGGGGUAUGGACUGUAACUUGGGUUCUGUUUCCAGUCCUUCGACACUUCCUCGCUCUGUGGCGAUACCUACGCGGACAAGGCACUUGGCACGACGUGGUCAGCCUCCAUGGGGUUGGGUCCUUUCGACCGGAGUGGGUCGGUCCGAAUGUGGGGACACCCUGGACGGCGCAGUACGUGCAGCAACAGGUGAGAGCAAGGAGUGAAAACCGAGAGCCCCUGGACCUCCUCGUGUCGGAUGGGGCAGCCGUGGCGCACCUCCGAGGACGCACCAAUCGACACGGAUACUUGGCAGAUUGCACGGAAGUGCACUCGAGCUCACAUCGUUACUGGCGCAAUCAACUGGAGGUUGCCAAUUGCCGGGUCUAUCUUUGCUCCGCGUCCCCAUGCACCGCUCCGGAAGCUGCAGACGUGCAUGCCCCAUUGAGCGCAGUAGUAGCAAGGACCGUUGAAGUCGACCUCCGAGAAGCAGCUGGUAAAGGACCUAUGGCGCGUUGUUGGACGGUGACCACAUUUUGGAGUUGCAUUACUUGCAGACUCCUUAGUUGGGUGUGCUGCUUUGGGUGCCAAGUUUGCCGUAGAAGGGGAUCGAGGGGCUGCCGGAGGCGAGCUUCUCGCCCAGGUGGCCCAGGCCCCCAAUCGCAACGGCAUUUGCACGUCGAUUCAGAGACCGAAUCUGAAGGAGGAGAAGAAGACUAUCCUUGCCAAGCUGAUCAGAUAGCUCUCGCGGCAGGAGAUAAUCAGGCCCGGAACGAGCCCCUCUGCCUUGGUCCUUGCAAAGACGCGGCUCGGAAAACUCCCAUCAAACUCCUACAACCUGACGAGGCUGUCAGCUGUAGGGAUGAGUUGAAGGUAGACGAAGAAGGUUAUCACUUCUACGCAUGCGACAGGCAUCGCGACAGGUACGUCGCGUCGAAAGCCCUAAGGGGGUGCGCCGUCGAAGGGUGCAACUCGGCGGCGCGGGUUUUGCACCGGAAUGUCAAGUUGUGCAAGCUCCAUGCCGCAAAGGAAGAAAAGCGUCCACCACACGUGCCAAGAGCCACAUUGGACGCAAGAAAGCAGAGCUCGGAAAGUGAGGAGCUGCCGCCGAACAAAUCGGCCCAGGAGUCAGCCGUGGCGGCAGCAGAGCCAAUCAAGGAUGGCAAGGCGAGCCAGGUCCUCGCCGACUACGUCAGGAGCAGGUGCCAGGGAGGUAGCGACUCAGAUGCGAGGGCUGCCUGUGCCUGGGCACUGCUCUCGGACCAGGAUCUGUCGAACGUCCUGAAGGCCACCGCUCAACAAUACCUCGCACGUCUGCCGGCCACGUUUCCGGCGGCCAGUCGAAGGGCGCUCGAAGAUUUGGCAAAUCCGGCGCCUGUGGACCCAGUUCUUCAACUUGAAGAUCGAACGCCGUCCGUGAAGAAGAGUCGGAGGGCAGGCCUGAGGCGCGAUUCGCGCCCGGGCCGGCCUCCUGCUGCGCCCAGCUGGGUCCCAGCCCAGGAGACACCGGGAGCUGCCGCCUUCUUUCGGUCGAAGAAGCCGGGAAACGGAACUGCGCAGGGAACUUUGGCAACUCUCGCCGCUGCACCACCAACAUUCGACGGAGCGUCAUCCCUGGCCAUUUCAGCUCGGCCUUGGAGGGCCGGAGCUUUUACAGACCCAGAACCCAGACCCGUCGAUGAUGCGACCAAGGCUUUGCAAUCUAUUGCCAAGGCGGUGUUGAGCAAAGACGAGGCCGCGGGACAGGAGCGGGGAAAGGUCAGCAGCAUCGGAAAGACAGAGGAGCGCCUUGUCUUCCUUGCGCGAGGAUGUGACGCCUUGACUGUGCCGGUGUGCGCAUCCACUGUUGGCAAGGAACUCUUCCACGCCCUCAAAACUGCCGGGUCGCAAGGCCGCCCUCAGAUGCGGGCACUGCAGUUCCCAGUCAACAUCAACAAUCGAAUCGCAUUUGGAAUCGCAUCUAUGAACAUCGGUGGGAAAGAAGUCAAGUCCUUACCAGAAUUUUGUCUUUCAGCCGCAGAUUUCCCCUUGACGACAGAGGCAGACUUCGACACCUUUGCCCCGCCCACGGAUUUCAGGCUUGAAAAAAGACCCAGAGGACCAGUUACCCUCACUGCUUGGUUCAGAUGCGCUUUGAGGAUGGCUUGGGCACUUUCGCGCGCUUAUGGAACUGAACACUACCCCCAAUGGGAAGGAGCUGCAACCAAGCUCCUCCGUUUGGGAGAAGAAGUCGGAUACGCCUGGCCCCUCCAGUGGAUCGCCAAUGUCUGGGAAGAACUUUGGAGUCGGUACGUGGAAGAGUUGAAACAGCUCGAUCGGGAUCUUCGGCGUCAAAUGGGGGAGGAGGCACCCUCGUUCGAAAGAAUCAGGUUUUUCGCUACUGCUCCCGAUGUGGAAGGCAACCCAUGGCUAAGGUUGCCCCAGACGUUCGACCUGGACUCGGACAGCGAAUUUUUCCAUACCGACAUCUUGCCCCGGCACAACCGUAUGCUCUCGAGGACGUGCUGGCAGCAAGCCUUGAAGGCUUCCAGCCUCGGCCAGACGCCCACAGAAGGCGGACGGGCCGGCGGAGAAUCUGAUCCCAGAGCGGGUAAACCGGCGAAGGGAGAAACAACCGCGCUCCUCGGCCCACCGCUGACCACCAAGGAGGCCUCUCGGUCGCUCGACCAUCGACCCAAAUGUCGGGAUACGGGAAAGUACUACUGUUGGGAUUUCAUCAGCCACCGAGGAUGCAAGCAGGGCAAUGGGUGCCCGCACCAACAUCCUAAAGCUGGCAAAAUUCCCAAAUGGGAUACUUUCGACUGGUCCAUUCAAAUGCAGCUGCUUCGCCGCGGAGGACUCCGAAGCAACAAAAAGCUGAGCCCCCUGGACGUUGAGGCUGCCAUUGUGGAGCUCCGCAACAGUGUCGCUACCAAGUCGGCCGAAAAUGUGGCCGAAGGGAAGACACAAUCCAAGCCACCUCCCGCUGGAAAGGACAAAGACAAGAAAGGAGCGAGGCCCACCAACACCGCGCCUGUCGCAAAGGUAGGCCAGGCUCCUCCGCGACCGCCCGAGGAACUCCUUCAAUUCGCACCGACUGACGCGGAAGCGGAACUCGCUGAGUGGACCAAGGGGGCUGAUCACACUUGGUACCAGGAUCAGUCGACACCGGCAAUCGCUGAAAUUGGGCCCGAUAUCCGGGAAGCAACCUUGGCCAAGCCCGAGGCGCGUCAUCGCGCCCAGGCUAUGACCCAAGUUGAAAGCGUCGGUAUUCCGGCCUUCCCACAGCUCCUUGGAACGUACGUCCGGGGCUGCCUCUUGCGUGAAAAGGAACAGAACCCCACGUGUGACCUGACGGUUAGUCAUGUCACUGCUGCUCUUGAAGCGGCCAGGGACCAGGGAGGUCCUGAACUUGCUGCUCAAGCCGCGGACGCUCUAAGCUCCUACGGGGAUUACGGCAAGGUCGGCAGCACCGCGCCGGCGAUUCUCAGUCCUGUCAGUUGGGACGGUUUGAUCGGGUAUGGAACGCUUGAGUGGCAGUAUGGUACCUGGCAGACCAUUGACUUCGGAGAUGAACUGCUGCUUCCCGCAGACUUCCUUUCUCAAAUCGUCGGCGCCGCACAAACCUCCUCAGACGCCCCGGAACCCAAGCAGUGCCUGCUCCUUCACAGCUGUGCUGGGGUGCUCCUCGCAGAAACGGGGAUAGUACCCACGCCCGAGGCUGUCGAGAAGCUGGCAACUUCGGUGAGACAACGAUUACACGGGCAGGCGCACGAAGCCCAAGCUGCUUUGGGGCCCACGCCCGACGAAUUAUCCCGCGCUGAAGCUGACCUUCGCAUUUAUGCGCACGACCUGCUGCAUUGGGGGCACGACAAGGACUACCGGUGUCUCGCGGCAUUCCCCGACCGGGUCUUUGCACCCUAUGCUCUUGCUAUCGUUCGAGUCGACCAUCGCGGCAGCACCUCCCUCGAGGUGCUGGUUGGCGCCAACUACGAUUCAAGCCCCGAAUCUACCAUCUGGCUCCUUGUUUCGCAGGGCCAUAUGCGCCUGCUCCACCCGCCACGCCCGUUUGUUUGGCCCUCGACUGCGCGCCAAAUCCAGGCGGUUGGCUGGGAGCCCCACUUGGAAGCAGCUGGAUGCCCUGAGGCUUGGUAUCGAGCCCAGGACGUCCUCCGCUGUCACAUUUGCCAGCCCAAAUACCCGCCGGAACGUUGCUCGGGUUGGGGCAUCAGUGUGUUCGGGCUCAGCCCGUUAACGCCCCCGGACAACUUCGCGCCCAAGAUCGGGCAGACGCCGGACCCACCGUCGGCGUGGGACCGCCUGGACCUUACCCCACCCGCAGACGGGCCUUGGCUCUUGUGUAUUGGGCCCGACGUCAACGCGCUCGCAGAACGCCUUGCUCUCACCGGGCUUCAGACCGUUUCGGUCAGUGACCACACCUUCGACCAGCUCCUCGCUUCCUUGUCGGUUCUUGAGCAUUUGGUCGCCGUUCCCGGCUGUGUUGGCCUUUGGCUUGACUUGGGCGUUGGGAGUGCCAGUUGGCGCGCUGCUUUGCUCCGUGCGGUACCCCAAUCUGUCCUGGCUGCUUUGCUGAUCACGGCCCCGCUGGGGCUUGCUGUUCGCGAAUUUGCCUCGCACGUCGCACCGGUGCGGGUGCCGCCCGCAUGGCUGCCCCAACGCGGCCCUCUGUGGCUUUAUUCUCAGCACCCAGUGGUCCUGGCUUGUGCACCUGCCCUCCCAGGAGACCUGCCCUCGUUCGUGGCUACCCUCUUUCGCCCUGAGGCGCGCUUCGCGCCCGGGGCCGUUAGACGAUACUUCAAUUUCGUGAGUUCGACUCCCUACUCCCGAGAGGCCCUCGGUCACGCCGCUACCCUGGGCAGUGCCCUGCUCGAAGCUGCCAACGGUUGGAAAGCGGCUACGCAGGUUUUGCGUGAGGAGGGCCAACGGAAGAGAGGAGACCACUUUGCUGGCCUCCAUGAAACCUACCUGGAACCCCUGGUCCACCCUUCACUGCUCGAGGAGGCCCGGCGCACUGCUAAACACGGUGUCGAGGUCAGAGCUCAUAUGCAGGAAGGAGAACGGGUUCGCGCAAACCCCCAUCCCAGCCUGAAAGGUCAUCUGGACGAGGCUGCGGAGCAAAUUUGGAACGACGCUCAGAAAGGAAGGGUCCUCAUCGUCGUGGACCGAGGGCAAGAUGGCCUCAGAGGCGUUGUUUCCGCGCCCUUGGCAAGAGUCCCAAAGUACAACCCAGACAGAACGGUGAGCAACAAGGGAAGAGUGAUUUGGGACGCCACGGCCGUGAACAAAGUGUGCACGAAGGAGGACCACCCUCCUGCUCUCCAGCCCCGCCAUUCCGAAUUGGCCAGGUUGCUCCUUUGGUGGGCCUCCCGGUACCCUGCUCUCCCCAUUCUGCUCUCCAAGAAAGACGUCGCUGAAGCGUUCAAAUGGAUACCUGUGUCUGACGAUGAUGUCAGGCUGUUUGCCGCUGACCUCGGAGGGAAGGAUUUUGGCCAUCCGGGGAGCACCAUCGUGCUGGUGUACAACGUCCUCACCUUUGGAUGGAGAGGAGCACCGGGCCAGUUCAUGCUCUUUGCCUGGACAAUCAAAUCUGCCUUCCACAGCCUGAAGCCCAACGACCCGGAGUGGAAUGAUGCCACGCCUUUCCGAAGCCUGGUACUUAUGGAUAAUACUAUCAUCUGCGAACCAGAUAUAGGGCUUCGCCCGCAUUAUGCGGUGACGGCUGUCGAAGAGCUCACGCGGCGUGUGCUGGGCCCGGAGGCGAUCAACCCCGCCAAGGAUGCUGAAGAAGGGGGGCUGACGAGUUCCAAGCUCAUCUGGGGUCUGCUUUAUGAUACUGAACAAGGCACUCGUACUCUCCCUCCCGUAAAAUUGGAGAAGGCAAGCCACCUGCUGCGCCUGACGGAGUUCGACCCUGGGAACACUAAGGUCCCGUUGCGCUUGCUUCAGGAACUCAGAGGAAACCAGCAGUUUUGGAUCGCGGCUAUGCCGGCCCUGGCACCUCUUCUUUCGGCUACCAAUGCCCUUCUGGGCCCUGCGGACAGCGACGGGUACGCGCGCCCUAAGGGUUCCCCGGCAGUCCAGGCUCGCGCCUGGCAAAGGUUUUGGGAAGCCGUGGAGGUCCAGAGACUGCUCGUCGAAAUGAAAAGCGAGUGGACCACGGUGUUCACGCACCCACUGGUGGAAGCUUUGUCCCUUCAGGAAGUCCUGGCCCUUCCGGGCCAGGCCAAGCAAGCGAUCUGGGCAUCUGGAGACGCCACCUUAGAAACCAUCGGAGCCGUGGACUGGACCAACAGGUCCGCCUUCUCACUCAAAAUUGCGGAGCUGGAAGGCCCCUUGAGGACCUUCGUUGAGACCUCCAAGGAGGAAGACCCACAGGAAGCCGAGGGAGAGGGUGGCCCUGAAGAAGAGACUCUGAUCGUGGCCGUGACCGAACUUCUUGCCCUCGUCGCCCUGGCUUCCGUUCAGCGCGAAAAGUGGAGGGGGAAAGUGGUGAUUUAUGCCGGAGACAACCAAGUCGUCCGGAGCUGGGUGCAGAAAAGGACAGCACCCAGGGCUAUUGCCGCUUAUUUGCUCCAGCUUCUGUCAGUUUUGGAAAGUGUUUAUGGCUUCCGAGUCUACACAGCGUACAUCCGCACAUACCACAACCGCACCGCGGAUGAUCUCACUCGCCUGGACCCCCGCUUGGUCUUCCAAAGGGAAGGCCUGCAGGAACUGGAAAAUGUGGCCGCUUACUUUCGGGCUUUGCUGGAUCGGGGGCAAUCGGCGCUCGAACGGGUGCCCGCGGGACUCGCCAUGGCGCUGCUGGACAAGGUCUGCGUGGAGUGGGACUGCGACUAUGGGGCCUACAGUGCGGCUGUGCUGUCCCUUGGCGCGGUCGCCUAUGCCAGCCACUCUAGUCGAGGGCACUGGCGGACCCCGGUCGAUGCCUGGGAUGGCCAACCGGUUGAUUUCCUGUUCGGACGCGUUGGUCCGAGAACUACUAGCGCGGCAGAGCUGGCUCGAGGCGCGUCUCGCGCCCAGGCCAAGGAGGUUUGGGCUGACACCCCGACCGAAAGAGAAGCAAAGGAAUGUGCCCAAGGGUUGGAAGCUCUUGGGUAUCAGACCCUCGUCAAAUGCGUGGCAGGCAGAACGCUGGAAGACCAAAUUUGGUGGAGGCGGUGGGUUGUUUGCGGAAAAAGAGGAGGGGCUGCGCGCGAACCGCCCUGCCUUUCCGCGGAUGAAGAACCUCAGACCCCUGCCAAAGCGUACUAUGACCUGACUUGGCUGCAGCCUGACAAGCAGAUCCCAGCCGACGCCUGGGUGUCAUGCGAGGUCAACCUUGACAGUGGAAUGCCGCACCUGGGAGCUACCUCGCCCCGACCCGCUGGCCAUUUCAAGUUAAAUGGAAAAAGGGCACUCCUGUGGGAGCCUCACCGCCCUUUGUCUUCCCUGCACCAGCAUUCCUGCGAGGAAGGGAGACCUGAUGCCCUGUAUCUUCUUGGCACAAGCACGAAAGGGCCAAGUCCCAGGCGCCUGCUGCCUGUGGAGGUGCAGCGCCUUUGGGGUGUGAAGCCAGAAAGGUCGACCCGGUCCGAUCCGGACGAAGCCGCCAAGCACGCCCUGCUCGAACCACCUACGGGGCUGGCCAAGUUAGCCGGGCUUUGGGCAGGGGGUGGAGCGGCGUGCUUCGCGCCCGCCACCCCCGACGAUCCCAGCGCCACGGACAAGGUUGGAGUCUGCACCCUCCCGUGGGAGGAUGAAGCUGAACGAGCCAUGCUUGGAUGGGUUGAACAACGACAGCGCGAGAGAGUCGUCGGCGGCAAAGGGUCAGACAGAAGGUCCAGGUCGCACAGGGGGCCCGAAGGGUCCGAUCCGGUGCAAUCCGACCAGGGCAAAGGGUACAAAGGCAAGUCGGGGAAGCAAGCCGACUGGCAGUGGAAGCGGGACCUGUCGGGUGCCGUCAGCCGGGUGCUGCGACACGAGGGCGGCACAGAAGCCAGCCCGAUGACUGAAGAAGGAUGGAUGCGGCUCCGGGUGCUCAUGGGACACCCCCAAGUCGCCCGGUUGGGCGCCCAAGAGAAAGACUUGAGGGACUUGGUUCAACGGGACAACAAGCAGCGGUACACUCUUGCGGAUCAUGACAACGAAGCUUGGGUGGCUGCGUGGAGCGGCCACAGCAUUCCCUUCGUGGUCGGUCCUGCUUGGCCGUUACCGGAAGAUGCUGUCCCACGCCUCUUGGUGCAUGGAUCAUAUGCGCGACAUCAGACCAGCAUCAGCCAGAAGGGUAUUAAGAGGCGCAGAAGAGACGUGCACCUCCAAGACCCCAAAAACCACCACCGUCGAUGGCGAGCGGACCUCGAAAUCAAGGUGUUGAUUGACACCCAGGUGGCUAUGGUCGCGGGCUGCACCUUCCGCCUGACCGGAAAUGAGGUUUACCUCUGUGACGCUGACAUCCCCGCCGCCGCCAUUGAAGGCAUUGAGCCGUGGGACAACCUGCCAGGUGGAGACAAGAGCGAAGGGAAGGUGGCGGGCCGAGAUGGCUUUCCACGGCUUGGAAUCUGGGAGGUGGACGCCAAGAGCAACGACUUGAAGCAAGAGACUUUGACCCACGAAGUGGUCAAGGAAGGAGUCGCCGAGGCGCGUUUCGCGCCCGUGGAAAUCGACCUCGGAUCCGAACCAAACUGGGAUGCAGAAGAAAGUGCUGAAGAGUCGAGCCCGACGAAGCGAGAAGGAAAUAAGGAGCCCGCCUCAGGAUCCGGGCCCGGGCUCGGGUCGGAAGGUCAGGAGUCUCAGGGAGCCCGCAUGGAGGGCGCCACUGCCUCCGCGCCGGUCAAGUAUGAGGAACCGAAGGAGGAAAAGCUCGAGACCAAGAGCACCACUCCGGAGCCAAGGCCCAAACGGCUGAUGCUGGGCACCGCCAAGGUGCUGCUCUUGUCUCUUGUUGCCGAGGCGGAUGCCCACAACUGGGAGAGGCUCACGGAUCGCCUCCGAACCGUGCAAGGGUCCGGUGAAGAGAAGGCCGAGUUGGUUGAAAGGCUCGAAGAGCUUGCGGAAGCUCGCUCCAGCAGCCGCAAAGGGUUGCUCGAGUCCGCUGCCCAGGAAAGGCAGAGGCUGAGCGCCCUGUCCCAAGAGCAACAAGAAUACCUCGGCCGGCUAUCGCCAGCUAUGAGGGAAUUUGAAAAACGCAACCUGUUGGUCCCACCACUGGCACGGAGAGCGCAGAGGGCUCGAGAAAGGGCCGCGCGCAACCAAGCGCAAGCCCCCAAAGCGCCCCGCGGGGCGGCGGGAUCGGGUCAGCGGGACCCAGAGGAGGCAGCCGAUCUCCUGGACGACGACCUCCGCAAGGCCGCUGCGCAGGACCUUCGGGAGUUCAGGCAAGAACUGGUGGGCCAAGAAAAGCCUCGGUCUACAGGGAGACAGCCUAAAUCGAAAGCCCGGAGGAAGCGUAGGCGAGAAGCCAAAAAGAAAAAGACGCAGACUGCCCCGGUAACCAAAGGGGCUUUGUGGGCAACGGUGGCAGCGGCUUCUACCCCCCUCACAGAAGGGUGCGGCAAGGGUGAGGUGGGAGGAAGCCCCCCCAUGUUUCUCCUGGUCCUGCUGCUGGGCCUGCUGGUGUGGGUGGCCGUGGCGCGCAUCGCGCCCGGCUCUCCUCGCAGAGCAUCAAAGAGACUCUGCUGGUGCCUCCUAUUGGGAGCUUUGCCGCCGGGAGCAGGACAGACUUCCGAGACGAAAGCCCAGGGAGAGGAUAAUGCCCGAGCCUGGGAAUUUUGGCUUCUCCUCGCUUUGGCUGCCUAUGGGCUUCUUAACCUCGCGGCCAAGCUGCAGACAGCUCUGUUUGGAACCUUGACAUAUCGGAAAGCGGCCCGAGCGCCCGCAAGAAAUGAAUGCAGCAAAAGAAGGAAGCCGUCCCCUCGGGAGCCGGCUUUGGCGUGCACCCCACAUGGGGAAGCCUACCAUCUUCCUACUUGCGGGCAUGUGAAAGGACGGCCCCAUCGGAUCUUGAGGCCGUGUUGCGUUUGCAACCCGCAGGUUGCUGCUGGGCGCAACGACGACGCUGAAAGGGAUCGCAACCACGCCAUCGCGCAUCUGGCCACGCUCCUGGUUGGGGUGUUCCUGAUAGCCACCGCCGUCUGCUGGGGGUGUUGGGCCCCCUGUUGCCGUGCCAGAUCCGCCCCUUCCGAAGAUGGCGGGGAAUGGUGUGCCGAGGCGGGUAUCCCGCCCGGCACCUUGACCUGCAACCGUGAGAUCCCGGCGGCCGACCCGGACCGGAGAGUCGGAGUUCAGAUCCGACCUAGAAAGCGGGUCCGUUUUGCCGCUUCCGAUACGGAGAUCCAGGAAGACGUGGCGGCCAAACCAAGGAGCCCGAGUGCAAGCAGCCUCAAGGGGGGCCCGGCGCGGGUCAAGGUCCCCUUUCUUGGAGGGCCUUCAAAGGCUAAAGAAAUGAGCAAAUCCAAAGGGGACUUCCGCCUGGCCACUCUGCAAGGGAAAGAUGAGUGGGAAGCUGAAAGCCUGUCGGUCAUGCUCAAUCGGUACGCCCAAGCUACCCAGAAAGCCUACCAAGCCCAAUGGGUUUGGUGGCAACUCUUCUGCAAUCGCAGGGGCUUGUCACCUUGGCGCAAUGUGCGCCGAUACGAUGCAACGGAGGAGCAGCUGCUGAUUGAGUUUGCCCUGCACACGGCAGUCAAUGGAGACCGAGCACCUGGCACGGUCAAGGUUCGGCUUGCCGCCAUGAGAUCCUUGCAUCUCACGGCAGGCCUUCCGGACCCUACUGCCCAUACCCCGCGUUUAAGCCUCGUCCUGGCGGGUCUCAAGAGGAGGUACGGCACCAAGGAGAGACGCCGACCUGUCACUCCAAGGAUGCUCUCAUGGUUAAGAGCGUAUCUACUGCAAGGUUCCCUGGCGUCCCAUGAUGCCGCCCUCCUCUGGGGGGCUGUGACCCUAGGUUGGUUCUUCCUCCUUCGGGCGUCAGAGUACCUUGACGUGGGCUACACGGAUCAGAGCAAGGGUCUGAAGGGCAAAGAUGUGAUCCUCAGCUGCAACGGCAAACCGUGCAAGCUGCAUGACUUGCAAGCCGCCACCGAGAUCACCCUGCAUAUCCGGGGAUCCAAGACUGACAUUUACAACCGAAGACCUAUCAGCCGCGAAGCCAUCAGUGCCCUCCUGGUGAAAGCCGCCAGAGCCGUGGGGGAGGAACCGGGAGAUCUGAAAACUCACAGCCUCCGAUUCGGUGGCGCAUCGGCGCUCUGGGCAGCUUAUAAAGACGCUGCAAUUGUGAAGCGCUUCGGGCGAUGGGCUUCUGACUCAUUCCAAACGUACCUCUGGGAUUCCAAAGAAUCCUCUAGAGGUGUGGCUACCAACAUGGCUACGGCAGACCUCACGCCGGCCUGA